CUUACAUCAUAUUUCCUAUGAAGUUCUGGGGAAAUUGAUGAACCAGUUGACAGAUGCGACAGAUUCCAUACACUUGAAUCUGAGCUAUGAUGGGUCUCUUCAGGUGUGAAUGGAGGCGCGUCCUUAACAAGCUUCCCCAUCUUUGAUACUUAAUUGCCCCGGUGAUCCUCAGCAAAAAAAUGUAGAUUGUAUAGUAAAUUUCCAUUUGAAUCUUCAAAGCAUAAAUACCAUUCAUUUCAGAUGUGUAUCGGAAUUCUCUUGAAAUACGUUUCCGUACAUAUCCUUUCGUUUCAUCCAAACGUGGUGGUGAAUGUUCAUGUACACGUUACGGCACAACCGAAAAUAGAGAAGUCACCAUCAUACCAGCCAGUUGUAUUCGACCGAUCAGCCAAACCUAUGAGUAGUUCUGAGGAUAUAAAGGAAAGGGAAGGAGAGAAAGAUAAUCAGGAUCGAAAUCAAAAUCAAAAUAACAAAUCAUAUACAGGGGAUACUCACGACAGUUAUCAUUUGAAGAAAACAUCAUAAUCUAUUUUUUGUCGAUGGUAAUGAAGGGGUCGAUGCGUAUGGCAAAAGGUCUCGAACUUGUAUGAUAUCGAUAUCAACAGCUGUCCAAUACUAAUCCGAGAUAUCAUUUGACCGAAGGGAGAACCUGCAUCAAUCAAGCUUCCCCAUUCGUUUGUUCCAUUUUUCUCUCUCCAUUCUCGAGGUAACGACUGCAUAUUACGACGUCACAAUACUUCUAUACAAUUCAACCAAUUUUCAAACUUUUUUUCUUUCUCCACGAACGGAAUAAUCACGGAUUCUUUCAACUGCCUCCAAGCACGAUUCGAUUCUCCGCGAAAUCUCGGAGACUCCAUCAUUUUUCUCUCCUCUUUUAAAAAAAGCAAGGAAGGACCAUUCAAUUGCACCGCAUCCACUACCUCCACCAUCAUUUGGGGUUCCCAGACAAGAGAGAGGGAGAGAGCACAAGAGAGCACAAGAGAACAAAGCUUUCAUUACGAAACCUUUAUUAUACUCGGAAUUGUCAUCUACUUAUAACUGCACGAGAGAGUACAUACAUACAUACAUGCACUCUUCUAGUGCGACAGAUAUCCAUCCAUCUAUCUGCAGCAUUCACCCAAAUCUUACUACCGAUCACACGAUAAUCCGAUCGAAUUAAUAUAUCAAAUAGUCAUUCAUACCUCCCUACCCACCACACUCGUACCAAUUCAAGAUCUAAUUAUAUCGACUCUUGUUAAUGCAUCGAAUGGUUUCUCUCUCUCUCUCUCUCUCUUCCUCUCACUGCUCGAUAUACGAUACGCAUCUCCCUUUGACCAUUGAUGAAUUGAGACUCUCUAACUUUUCAAUCCUCGGAGUUUGAACUAAUCCGUUUCAAGGAGGGUCUUCAUAGAGAAACAACAGCAUCAUCAUCAUCAUCAUCAUCAUUUUCACCCCCUUCCCCCCUUCCCCCCUCAGGUGCAUUUUUUCCCUUUCUUCCUUUGUUCCUUGGAGGAAGAGGUUGAAAGUAACACAACUAGCACCGCUUUAGACGGCCCUUUUUUGGAGAGGGCCUUAUUGAUAUUAACCAAUCGAAUCAUCGGAUUCCUCACACAUAAGUGGAGUUAUCUUGGAUCCCGACUCCAAACUCUGCCCCUCCAUAAGAUUCCCAGGCUUUGGUUGUGUUACGAGUGUGUAAUCGAGAUAUCUGAAUUGCCCCGCCUCCCGCCAAGUUGGCCAUAAACUCCCCCAUCCUAACCAAAAUUACGUCCUCAAUUGGAAAGGGCGACCCGCCCACCAACUUCAAUUCUAAAAAGAAGAAGUUUCCUUUAACUUCCGAAUUAUAUUCUCAAUCUUCUGCUCCUUCUUCUGCUCCUUCUUCUUCUAUUUUUGCUCACUUCUUUUCUUCCAAAAUUCCUUCUCAAUCAACAACCCCAAUACCAACAUCCUUCAAAGAAUCCAACCUAUUUAAACCUCACAAAGUCUCGAGACCAAAUCCAAUCAGCCUCAUACAUUUAGCCUCUGUGACCUUUGUGGUUAUUGCCUUGAUUGUUCAACUCUUAUUCACUGAUACCCCUCCGCUUCAUUCAGGAUCUUCUCAUCCAUUCUCACCAACAUCGUACUCUCCUAGAGCCAACGUUUUGGAUCAAGGAACUUGCGAAUCACCACAUCCAUUUCCUACAGAAGCCCCAAUAUCAAGACCGCACAAAAUGUCUUUAUUGGCAGAAUCAAAGCGCGUUGCCGCCGAGUUUGAUUACACAGACGAGGAUGUGCGACGAGGUGUUGCUGAAUUUGUCGCGGAGAUGAAUGAGGGAUUGGAAAAGAAUGCAACAAACAUGAGUCAAAUUCCAACGUACGUUACUGGAGUCCCUAAUGGAACGGAAAAGGGACUAUAUCUAGCGGUCGAUCUUGGAGGAACCAAUUUCCGAGUUUGCUCAAUCCAAUUGCACGGAGAUACCACCUUCAGUCUUACACAAUCAAAGGUUGCGAUACCCCGGGACUUGAUGUUGGCUAAGACCGCAUCGGACCUUUUUUCGUUUUUGGCAAAACAAAUCGAACUUUUUCUCAAGACCCAUCACGAGGACCGUUUCGCGGCCCACAUCAGACGUCGCAAUACCGUCAGCACACCAGAAGGUUUCAGAGAUGAACAUAUCUUUAGACUUGGAUUCACGUUCAGUUUCCCAGUUCACCAAAUUGGUAUCAACAGAGGAACUUUGAUUAGAUGGACAAAGGGUUUCGAUAUUGCGGAUGCGGUUGGACAAGAUGUUUGUGAUUUGCUACAAAAGGAGAUUGAUAAACUGCACUUGCCAGUCAAGGUCGCUGCUCUUGUCAACGAUACAGUCGGAACAUUGAUGGCAAGAGCAUAUACCUCACCUGGAAAGACUCAGACCUUACUCGGAGCAAUUUUUGGUACUGGUACCAAUGGUGCCUAUGUUGAGAAGCUCGAGAAGUUGACUAAGCCUAUGGAAGGAGAUUUUGAUAAGACAACUGGUGAAAUGGUUGUCAACACAGAAUGGGGCUCGUUCGACAAUGGUCUCAAAGUUUUGCCAAACACCAUUUAUGAUCAAAUCCUUGACAAGGACAGUGUCAACCCUGGCAUUCAAAUGUUCGAAAAGCGAGUUUCUGGCAUGUUCUUGGGUGAAAUUCUCAGAACGGUUCUCGUUCAAAUGAUCAAGAGCCCUACUAUUCCACUUUUCAGAGAUCAAUCUUCUGCAGAUAACGACUAUCGCUCAACAACUACAGUCGAUGAAGCCGGUCCUCUUUUCAAGCAAUGGACAGUUGAUAGUUCUAUUCUCUCGAUCGCGGAAGCUGACAACAGCGUUGGUCUUCGUGCCCUUCGUCAAGAACUUGAGAAGUCUCUCGGUGUCUCAGCUGCGUCAUUGGAAGAUGCUCAAACCGUCAAGGAAAUCGCUCAUGCUAUCGGUAAACGUGCAGCUCGUUUAGCCGCUGUUGCAAUUGGUGCCAUUGUUCUCCAAACUGGUCGUCUCGAUGUCAAAUCUGAUGCCCCUGGACCAAAAUCAACAGCUGCUAUUAUUCAAGAUGUUAAGGAUUUGAAGAUUGCCGAUGCAGCAUCAGCUACUGCCAAUAAACUCGCUGACACAGCAGGCUUGGCUGUCAACGAGGAAGAUGUCAUUGAUAUUGGUGUGGAUGGUUCUCUUGUUGAAUUCUAUCCAGGAUUUGAAGAUUAUAUGAGAGAAGCUUUGAGAGCUAUGGAUGGUAUUGGAGCUGCUGGCGAGAGAAGAAUUAGAAUUGGUAUUGCUAAGGAUGGAUCUGGUGUCGGUGCUGCAUUAAUUGCGCUUGUGGCGGCAAAGAUGGAGAAACAACAACAACAAGAUUAUAUUGGAGAUUUAAGGAAUAGGCUGGGUGGUGCUGGAGAGAACGUGAUUGGAGAGUAAUGGCUGCACGAUUUGUUAUGAAAUGAUUAAAUGAAUGGUUGUUUGGUUGCUUGUCAAGUUACUAGAGGAAGUACAGUGGAAAAACAAAUAUCAAGAUGAAUUGAUGGGAAUGGAUGGGCGAAGGGGUUAGGAUCCGGCGGUUUUGGUUACACACAUAGUUUAGGCAUAGGGGCUACUAGGUGGCUCCCUUUUUUUCAAGUAUCAUUUAGUAGGAAAUCUGAACAUACAUAUGAAUCUUUUAAAAAAAAUUAGAC